AUGAUUCCAAAAAGGGAUGGCUUCAAGUCGAGAUGGGAUGUAUUCCGAUCAGAGUCUCAUGAACAUUAUUUUAACACUGAACUGACUCCAUGGAUGGUGAAAACACUGCAAAUUCUCAAAUUUCUAGUAUUUUCAAUUUCACACUUAUUGCUCAUUUUUGGAACCGCAAUAUCGAAAUUAGUAGUUAUAUUAUUAGCUACCAACAUUGAAUUGAAACCUUCCGUUAGCCGUUUCAGAGAAAAAUGUUAUGCUUCGGAAGGAAAUGUAAGAAGGUCAGAAAUAACAGUAUCAGUUAUUUCCACUUUAUGGCUUAUUCAGAAUGUUCCAGAUAUAAUGGCAAUCAUUCAGUCAUUUUAUAGGAUCUAUAGAUAUCCAAAAGAACGUAAGGAUACACCACUAAUGGUAUUCAUCAUGGAAUGUUGUCGAUCAGCAGGCUUAGCCAUUUUAUUUUUCCAUGUUUUCCCAUCAUUAGAUCCAAUACAUUGCUUGGUUCUAUCUGUAUCUCUUGUAUUUUUACCGUUAUAUCACAAAAUCAAAAAAUUAAUACAUACGUCUUUCAGUUCAGCUUGGGCUCUAAGAAUAAGACUCAAACUACUGAUACGUUCAUGUAGUUAUUCUAUAUUAUUAUUGAUGAUCUUUACUUCUGUCUAUUUGUGGAGUGUAAUGGAGGUACCUUUUUUUAAAUUUAUCACAUUACCUCUUGGCUUAAUUUUAUCUUCAUUUGGCUUCUGGGAUUUAUGGAUUAACGAUGGCCAUUCAAUGUCAAGUUAUCGAUAUUUGCAUCAACAUACUGUAAUGACACUGCUUGCUAUUGUAGUUCAAAUUUGGAACGAGAAAAAUGAGUUCAGUUACCCGACUAAUAGUAUCAGUAUUACGAAUAUUGGUAUCAAGCGCUAUCGUAUGGAUUGUGAAACUUCGUUUCUUACCAUUCACAGCUGUAAAGAAAUCAUUAGUGGAGAGCAUAUCGAGCUCAGGAAAAACCUCUGCUUUGUAAAUGUUAUUCCGAUUGGUGUUUCUUUUUCCCAGUAUAAUCUUGCUCUGUGGAUCAUCCUGUUAAAUUUUCUGCUACGAUUUAUCUCUCGUUUACUAUCAGCAAUGUCAAUGAGAGUUAUGGCUGCUUUGCAUCCUCUUUUUACAGUAGUACCACUUCUUAUGAUGACUUUCACUGUUACUUGUUUCAUCAGCCCCUUUUGCUCAGUUCGAAGAUAUUUAUGGGAAUAUGGUUUACGAUGGCAAUGUUUGGCUUGGAGCGUAUCAUUGAACUCUUUGCCUGAAAUAUGGUUUGGUGUUAUUUGGUUGGCAACAUAUUUAUGGUGGGCAUACCAGCAUGUUAAAGCACCGAAAUUUGAUCCUGAUGACGAAAUGCAAGGAUUAAAUGAUGACUAUCGAUUUUCGGAGGGUACAGAAUAUGAUGCCGGUGACCUCCGCAUUACGAAUGAUGAAAUUGAGAAAACGGUGACGCUUUAUAUUUGCGCCACAAUGUGGCAUGAAACUCCAACAGAAAUGAUGCAAAUGUUGAAAUCUAUUAUAAGGCUUGACAAGGAACACUCACUUAUUUUGACAGGAAGACGACGUCCUGAUGAGAUCAAAUAUCGCCUAGAAGAUAUUGCUUGCAUCCUACUCACAAAGAAAAAAGUUUCAGCUCAUAUUUUCUUCGAUGAUGUCUGGGAAGAUAAAGUAGAAUGUGGUCGCUCUCCUAAUGCUUUUUUUAAAACCUUUUUUUCACUUUUGCUAGAGUUAACUCAGAAUGAAAUAACUGAUGAAAUCAGCACGGCCAAAGACCGCGUACUCGUUAAUACCGCAUACGGCGGGCGUUUGGUGCUGCGUUUACCGGCAGGAACAUUAUUAUUUGUUCAUCUGAAAGAUAAAAAAUUAGUUCGGCACAAAAAACGAUGGUCACAGGUAAUGUAUAUGUACUACUUGCUGGGUCAUCGAAUAAUGGAUUCUCAUAUGAGUGUAGAGGAUCGUCAACUUGAAGCAGAUAAUACAUAUAUUCUAGCAAUUGAUGGUGAUUCAAAAUUUGAACCAUCAUCUGUCAUGAAAUUAUUGCGACUAAUGAAUGUGAAAAAUGAAAUUGGUUGCGCUUGCGGACGUAUUCAUCCUCUUGGCGAAGGUGUGAUGAUAUGGUACCAAAAAUUUGAAUACGCUAUCUCUCAUUGGUUCCAGAAAGCCGCAGAGCAUGUUUUUGGAUGUGUACUUUGUGCUCCUGGUUGCUUUUCCCUUUUUCGUGCAUCCGCAUUAAUGGAUGAUAAUGUAAUGCACAAAUAUACCAAAACUGCAUGCGAAGCGCGCCAUUUUGUGCAAUAUGAUCAAGGUGAGGAUCGAUGGUUAUCAACUUUGCUGCUCAAACAAGGCUAUAGAAUUGAAUAUGUUGCUGCUGCUGAUGCUGAAACAUAUGCACCUGAAGGUUUUCAUGAAUUUUUUAAUCAGCGUCGUCGAUGGACACCUUCAUCCAUAGCAAACACAAUUGAUUUACUUGCGGCCUACAAACGUGUUUGUCAAAGCAAUGAUAGUAUACCAAAAACGUACAUCUUGUAUCAGUUACUGGUAAUUGGCUUCAGUUUGCUUACCCCCAGUAUUGUCUUCACGAUGAUUGUUUAUGCUCAGGUAGCAACAUUUGAAGUGUCAUCGGACAGGAUGAUGUUAUGUAAUGCUAUACCUGUGCUUAUUUUUAUUACUAUCUGUUUUAUCACUAGCUCAAACUUUCAAAUUAUGUAUGCAAAAAUGGUAUCUGUGAUAUAUGGUUUUGUGAUGCUUGCGGUAGCGGUUGCAACAACUAAUCAAAUAAUCCUUGAAACUGCUCUAUCCCCGACUCCAAUAUUUGUGCUUUGUAUGAUUGCCAUAUUCAUUAUUGCCGCUUUAUUACAUCCACAAGAAUUCCAUAAUAUUUUUUACGGACUGGUAUUUUUUCUGAUGAUUCCAUGUACAUAUAUCUUCAUGGCACUUUAUUCGCUUAUUAAUUUAAAUGUGAUAAAUUGGGGAACACGAGAAGCAGUGUCAUCCACUACUGCUAUAAAUGCUGGCAACACAAAAAUCUCUAGUCUAUUUCAACGAUUUGGACUUCUCAGAAUUCAUGAUUUUUUGAAAUCAUUACCGUUAAAAAGUUCUACCACUACUGCUACAGCUGAAGUUGUAGAGAUCAGAAAGCGAGUUGCUGAUAUGGAAACGGAACUUGAAGAACUUAAGAGUGUCGUUUUAUCAUCAUCAUCAUCAACACCUGUGAAAACAGUUUCAAGAGAAUACAUGAAUCGCUAUUUAUGGAUGGAUGCGGAGUAUUUGCAAAUUUGCAGUCGUGGGAGAUUGAAUCCAGCAGAGGAUGAAUUUUGGAGUAGUAUGAUUGAACAGUAUCUGAAACCGUUGGAACUGAGCGAAGAAGAAACUAGGAGGAAUGCUGUCAACUUAAUUAGCUUACGAAAUCGAAUAUCAACUUCAGUUUUGAUCAUAAACGGAUUAUUAGUUCUAGCAGUGUUUCUCAUUCAAAAACACAAAGAAAUACUUUCAUUUCAAUAUAAACCAUAUGAAGGUUUUGAAUGGUUGAAAUUGAGCAAGAAGACAGGGAAAUUCGAACUUACGGAUGAACCACUCAAAGUAGAACCUCUUGGAUUAGUUAUCAUUGCCUGUUUGCUGUCGAUAUUGAUAGUUCAGACAUGUGGAAUGGUUGCGCACAGAGUUAAUACGCUGAUCAGUGCUUUACAUGAGGUUUCAAGCAUGGAAGACUUUGAUUUUGGUAACAGAAAUGAUGAGAAUGAAAGUGAAAUCAUAGAAAAUGCACGUCGAAUGUGUGAUUCAAUGCUUUAUAACAAUGCGCACGGCGCAGAUGGAUAUGUAAGGAUCAACAAUGAUGCACGUUCGACAUGGCCUCUUCUCUACAGGCUGCAGCAAGAAAGGCUAAUGAAUUCGCUGCAGGAAAAUUCUUUACCACAUGCUUCAAGACUUUAA